CUCCGAAGUCGCUGUCUGAGCUGAGGCAUCGGCUGCAGGAGGCCGGGCGCUCUCCCAUUCCUCGGGAAAACUGCUUCGGUGGGAUGAGAGCGCUUGUCCCUCCGAGGGAAGCCAGCCGAGGACGGGCGCCGAGGAGCCGUGCUGCCGCUUUUCCCCCCCGAGCCGGGCUCAGCAGCCAUCCCUUCUGGCAUGCGUCUGGUCCCUGAGGAUACGAUGUCUCAGUACUCCACCAACUUCCUGCUGCUGCCCAUUCCGGAGUACCCCGUGCUGGACUGUGCGCCCAACAAAAUCAUCAAGCUCGUGGUGCUGGGCGGCAGCAGCGUGGGCAAGACAGCCCUGGUCGUGCGCUUUCUCACAAAGAGAUUUAUUGGGGACUACGAAGCCAACACCGGUGCUUUGUAUUCCAGGAAGUUCACCAUAGAUGGGGAGCAGAUCUCUCUGCAGGUGCAGGAUACUCCCUUUGUCUCACUGGAGGACGACACGGACACCAUCUGCUGCCAGGAGCAGAUAAACCGCUCCAUCUACUGGGCCGACGGCUUCGUGUUCGUUUAUUCCAUCACGGACUACGAGAGCUUCCGUGUGCUGCGGCCCCUGCACCAGCACAUCCGCAGGAUCCACCCCAACGCCAACAUCCCCCUGCUGCUCAUGGCCAACAAGGGCGACCUGCUGCGGGCCAGGCAGGUGUCCUCCAAGGAAGGGCUGCAGCUGGCCAGCGAGCUGGGCGGGACCUACUGCGAGGUGUCGGCGCGGGAGAACUGCGAGGGUGUGCACGAGGCCUUCCAGCAGCUGUGCCAGGAGCUCAGCAGGAGCAGUGGCAGCUGCAAUGGUGAGAAGAGGAGAGGCCUCCACCUCGUCCGGCCCAAGUCGCCCAACAUGCAGGACUUGAAGAGGCGUUUGAAGCAGGCUCUGACUUCCAAAGGCAAAUCGGGCACCACGCUUUGACGCGACCGGUGGGAAUUGUGUUCCAGAGCCCUGGCUAAAAAGGGCAACAAGCUGGGAAGAAGGGGCAUCAAUUCAGCUGUCAGGCUGUGUGAGAGACUCUCCCAUUUUGUCUUCACGUCUUCCUCAAAAAGCCCCUGCUCAUUCAGCAAAGGAACUCGCAGGGUUUGCUCUCUGGGGCAGGAAUUUCGAAACUGUGGUUUAAAAAAGAGGUUGUCCCAAAUUAUUUCUUUUUUUUUGUUUGAAAGGGGUGGGGUCAAAUAUCUUAGUGUUAAGAACUGGGGUUUGUUAAUGAGAACAAUGAAAUCCUGCUUUUAAGAGAUGUGACUCCCCUUGGGAAUGGUUGUAUUCCCAAACACAGGCAGUGAACUACAGCAGGACAUGAAGAGAGUGAUGGGAGCUGUCCUGAGCGAGCAAAAUGUACCAGAUUUGCUUCAUUGCAAGACUGGAAAAUAAAGGCAAAUUAAAUGAAUUAAUUCAUUUAAAUGAAGAGCAUAAAUAGUGAAAAGUAUUAAUUGAAAGAAAGAGCUCUUAGCAAUGGGGAGAGAUUUGCUCAUGUGCAAGCUUUAGCCUUACAGCGUCUCUUUGAAAGGAGAUGUUUUUAAAAUCGAUACUUUUUCAGAUUAUUUUUGUUUAAAAGCACAUUGAUUUCUUCUGAAAGUGAUGAUAUGGGCAAAAUACAAACUUGUGGCAGCAUUUUGUAGUGAGUUUCUCCAUGGCAUUUUUCAUUUUUCUGAAGGUUUCUUACACGGCAAAAGGGAAAAAUAGAUCAGAGUGGUUUAAAACCCACCAAAAAAUGGACUGCACUGAUCAAGAGCAAGGAGGUCACUUAAAACUCUUAAUUUUGUUCUCCUAAACUAGUCAGACUUCAAGUUCAAAAUGCUUUUAAAGAAACAAGGCCUUUACAUGAAGUAUAUUUACAUCAUUAGGUUGUUUGGGGUUUUUUUUAAGAAGAAACGGUUUUAUGAUGCCUGAAAUUUUUGCCUUGGCGAAUUCAUUAUUUUGGCUUGGGGAAUUCAUUAUUUUGCUGUUUCAGUUAAAGCCAGGCUUCCCUGAACAGCUCCCAGAGCAUCCCAGCCUGUCAGGACAUAUCCCAGUGGCAGCGUCUGGUUGUGCCUCAGCACGUCCAAGGAUUUGAGGCUGUAUCCCGUGAGCUGAUUUGUGGAACCAACAACCACAGCACAGAGCACCCAGCACUCUGCUCUCAGUGAGAGUGGGGAGGAACGGGCUCGGACCAUGGCAAAUUCAUGAUGCACCAAGCUUUUCUUCAAACAGACCAGAUGAGCAAUUCAAGGACCAUGAAAUGAAGUCAAGCUCAGUGAUUUAUACUCAGGAACACAGGAGGGAAACCCGAGUUUGAUGGAUAUGGAAGAACAUUCCCAGCUGCAGUUUCAUCUGGCAAGACUGAGCUAAAUCAACCUUUUCCUCAUUAGGAGCAGCAAAAAUGGAAGUUGAGUCUGAUGAGUACUUGUAUAGCUCAGGGCUUUAAAAUGUACUUUGUAUUUUCUGUGUCCCUAUAUUAGACAGCUCUAGCCAUGAUUUUCCUUAUCACCUGGAUUUGCCUUAUCUCCAGCUCACUUUCUGUUUUAUUUAUUGUUUUCCACAGCUGCUCAUCUGAGAAUGUCUUGUGUUCUGAUUCAUUUAAGAGUCUUUUAUUCCCACAAAAGACCUGCACCUGUUUUUAAAUUCAGUUUCAAGUGGUAGUAGGAGGGGAAAAGUUGGAUCAUCCAAACAGGGACUCAAAGGAUAUCAGGGAAUUUCUACUUUUGAUUAGAGUUGAUUAGCAAUUUGGUGUUUGAGCAGUGUCGUUAAUCAUCCCAGGCACUUUGGUUUUUAUGGCAUGGAAUUUCAGUGUUUUCAAUUAGUAACAGCACAGCUCAAAUAUUGAAUGUAAAGAUUCAAUAGCUCAAAUAUCGAAUCUAGAGCUUCAGUGGCUCAAACAUUGAGUCUAAAGAUUCAAUAACAUGAAAUGGAGCAGUUUGCAAGACCCACAGAAACUGAAGUAUUUUUCUGUUGGGAAAAUGAUCCCCAAUUUUGAAUAGCAAUUAGCAAUUUUACCACUCCAGUACUGCAUAACAAGGGCUGAAUUUGCUGAAGACAAUUUGCUGACAUUGGUUUCCAUGAAAGACUGAGAGUAUUUGUGCUCCAGCUUGUCUGAUUCGUUUGUAACUCCCUCCUUCAGCUGGAAUCCUUUCUGAUUUGGGAAGAAAUCUCACCAAAAUUCAAACCUGUCAGUGUUUUAUUUUCAUUAGUGAGUAAUAAAAACAUGCAAGGUCUUCCCUGA